AUGGAUAAGUCUCCGGAACCAGACGAAGUGCUUCGCUCUUCGAAAGGGAGAAACAAUUUUCAAAGUCUGGCUCGGCUUUUGAUAAGUGGAGGUACUGCGCUACUGAGGGAGGUUUUUGACAUCAAAUGUCCACCAAGUAAUCUUCCUACAACACUUCAGAAUCCAGCCACGAAGAAGCUACUUAAGGCAGCUCCACUCAGCAAAUCACAGAGGGACUGCCUGUACCCCUCUCCAGGGAUGUAUGGAAAGUCAACAGACUUUGAGAUGACUCUCCUUUUCCGGUUGCUGAGGACGAUAUGCGGAUUCGCCCCUCCUGCCACGGGCUGGGAUUGUUUGCCUUCAAGUACAGACCACAGCUUUGGAGCUGAUUUAGCGAGAAUUAAAUAUUACCGCAAUUCGAUAUAUGGUCAUGUGAACGAGAACAUGGAAAUAGCAGAUGAUGAGUUUUCAAGUCUUUGGAGAGAAAUCAGCGAGGCUCUGGUGAGAAUUGCGGGUCAAAUCAGCCCUGCAAAGGCAAGAGAAUGGAAGAAUGUUAUUGAUACAUACAAAGAUGAGUUCAAAGGGAAAAUAGAAUCUAUAUCCCAAGAAGUGCAGCGUUUGAGGCAAGAGCUUCGAGAUGAAGCCCAAGACAUCAAAGAUCGAUUAAAAGUGGCUGGCCAAACCAAUUCCUCAGCUGGAGGUCAGCUUAUUGACUUUUUUCUGUAUAUCUGUUACAAAUAAUAUAUAUAUUUUUUUCUCCAACAUAGCCGCCUACUUAACGUAUCAGGGUUACCUGUACACUGCACGUUGUACACUUAUUUUGACAUAAAAGGCUGCGUAUGUUUUUGAGGCGGGAAAAAAAUGUUAAUUAGUUAUAUAUAGUUACUUGACUACAGCCGGGCGACAACUCAUAUUAAUAGUCUGUUUUGCCUUUUUGUUAAUGGUUAGUCGCUGCAAUUAAUGACACUUGUUCCCCUUGCAGUUACAAUUCGAAUACGGAUUGAUUGUGAGACCAUCCCAGACCCUUAUCCGGGAUAUGAGAAAUUAGAGACAGUGGUUGUAGCCAUGCAGGGUACCCAAGCUUGUGGCGACGAGCUGGUAGUUACUGGAGCGCCAGAAGGAACGUCUGAAGGCACACAAGAUACCCAGGCCGAAAGCCACGAGAUGGUAGUUACUGAAGUUAAGCGUAGGGCAGUGGAACCUGUUGCAUCUGCUGGUCUACCACUCGCGGGAAGAACAGAAAGUGUCGAAGAAGCGAGGAGAAAUAAUUUUCAACGUCUGGCUCGGCUUUUGAUAAGUGGAGGUACUCUGCUAUUGAGGGAGGUAUUUGACAUCAAAUGUCCCCCAAGUAAUCUUCCUACAACACUUCAGAAUCCAGCCACGAAGAAGCUACUUGAGGCAGCAAAGCUCAGCAAAUCACAGAGGGACUGCCUGUACCCCUCUUCAGGGAUGUAUGGAAAGUCAACAGACUUUGAUAUGACUCUCCUUUUCCGGUUGCUGAGGACGAUAUGCGGAUUCGCCCCUCCUGCCACGGGCUGGGAUUGUUUACCUUCAAGUACAGACCACAGCUUUGGAGCUGAUUUAGCGAGAAUUAAUUACUACCGCAAUUCGAUAUAUGGUCAUGUGAACGAGAACAUGGAAAUAGCAGAUGGUGAGUUUUCAAGUCUUUGGAGAGAAACCAGCGAGGCUCUGGAGAGAAUUGCGGGUCAUAUCAGCCCUGCAAAGGCAAAAGAAUGGCAGAAUGCUAUUGAUACAUUUUUAAAAGAUCCCCUCACAGAGGAAGACAAGAGACAUGAGCAGGAAUUGCAGUGGUGGUACCAAAACGAUAGAGAAGUAAAGAAAGACCUAGAAAAAGCAGAAUCUUCAAUGAAGCAUUUGGAGAAAGGGGCUCAAUACUUAAGACAAGUGGUUCGAGAAGAAGCCAAAGAUAUUAAAGAUGAGCCCGGAGCGAAAGAAGAAUCUAUAGCCGAAGAAGUGCAGCGCUUAACACAUGACAUCAAAGAUAAGCUUGGAGGGAAAGAAGAAUCUACAGCCCAAGAAGUGCAACGCUUGAGGCAAGAGUUUCGAGAUGAAGACCAAGACAUCAAAGAUCGAUUAAACGCGGCUGGCCAAACCAAUUCCUCAGCUGGAGGUCAGCUUGUUGAUUUUUUUCUGUAUAUCUUUUACUAAAAGAAUAUUUUUUUCCUUGAACAUAGCCACCUACGUUACGUAUUAGGGUUACCUGUGCCAUGCACACUGUACACUUAUUUUGACAUAAAAGGCCGCGUAUAUUUUUGAGGCGGGAAAAAAAUGUCAAUUAGUUAUGUAUAGUUACCUGACUACAGCCGGACGACAAUUCAUAUUAAUGGUCUGUUUUGCCUUUUUUGUUAAUGGUUAGUCGCUACAAUUAAUGACAUUUGUUCCCCUUACAGUUAGAAUUCGAAUGCAGAUUGAUUGUGGUAGCAUCCCAGACCCUCAUCCACGUACCCAAGCUUGUGACGACGAGCUGGUAAUUACUGGAACGUAGGCAGAAAGCCAAGAGAUGGUAGUUACUGAAGUUAAGUGUAAGGCAGUGGAUCCUGUUUCAUCUGCUAGUCUACCACUCGCGGGAAGAAGAGAAGAAGAAAAAGCAGGUGUUGGAAGCGAUGAUGUUGUACCCAACGCACAAAGUGUUAUGAAUUUUAUCGCGCGCAAGUACUUUCAGACAAUUGACACAGCCAAACCUGAGGAAUUAAAUGGUUUUCUACAGUAUUUAUCAGAUGUGCGCAAAGUUCUGGUCUUGGAUGCUCAACCAGGAAGUUUGAUAUUGACAACACUAUGUAGUUCAUUGGAGAUACUGGAUGCCCUGUGGUAUGACUAUUGCGCAGGUCACCUGAAUAACAUGGUACAGAAACAUCUUUUGACAAAGGACGUUCUGAAGAAGUUUGACUCGACCGAGAUGAAACUGACAAUAACUAUUGAGAGGGAGGAGUACAUCAAAGCGCGAAAGGUUUUUCUUCAGGGUUCAGGUGAG